AUGCACAUGUCCCUUCUCGGCGUGUACAAGCACAUCUUGGAGGGGCUGAAGGUGAAGCUGAGUACGGGGACCCUGCGGGAACUUGACGCUGCACUCGAACGCAUCACUCUGUACAGCAGACAGUCGUUCUUCCGGAUUCCUGCACACACUGAUGGAUACUUCAGCGGCCAUGCAACCUUCAAGGCAUUCUAUCAUCAGGCUGUGAUGCAUGUUCUGCCAGCGCUGCUGCUGACGGUGAAGGUGGACGUCUGUUGUCGGUUGGUGCUGUACAUUGUGCUCGCGCUCCCUGACCUCUCCCCCCCUGCCCCUCACUCACGCCCAUCUUCCCCCUGUGCCUCCUUCCCCCCUGCUCCUCAAACCCAUCUCCCCUUUUGCCUCUUUCCCCUCUGCCCUUCACACCCAUCUUCCCACUUCCCUGCUUCUCCCCUGCCCCUCACACCCAUCUUUCCCCGUCCUCCUUCCCCCUUGCUUUCUUCCCCCCUCACCCUCACACCCAUCGGCAGGCCUUUGCCUCCUUCCCCCGUGCCCCUCACACCCAUUCCCCCCUUUGCUCCUUCCUCUUUGCCUCCUUCCCCCAUGCCCCUCUCACCCAUUUCCCCCUUGCCUCCUUCCCCCUGA